ACCAACAACUCAAACAAAUAUUUCUUUUGUGCUCUUUUUCUUUCCAACAUCGGCCAAAUAUAUAAAUAAAGCCAAGAAAACCCAAGUAAACAAAAAGUACAAAAGAGGCAAGAAUGACAAGACUCACAAUCGUUUUAGCUGGAGCUCUCUGCCUCCUCUCUCUCGCUCAAGUCGCCAAUUCCGAGAAGGCUAAAUUCAUCGUCAGGGGAGAUGUGUACUGUGAUUAUUGUCGUGCCACUUUCGUCACUCAAUUCAGCAAGCGUAUGCCAGGAGCGGAAGUGAAGUUGGUAUGCAGAGAUGAUUUUGACAAAGAUAAUGUUACAUUACGCAUGACUGGGAUUGUAACCGACGACAAGGGAGAGUACACAAUAGAUGUGGAAGAUGAUCAUAAAAGUGAAACCUGUGAGGUGACAUUGGUGAAGAGUAGCAUGCAUGACUGUGCUGAGAUUGUAAAAGACGGUUUGGGAAGAAAAUCGGCAGCAGAUGUUGUCCUCACCACCACAGAUUACUACAAUGAUAAGUUCCGUAAUUCUAGUUCACUGACAUUCUCCCCCAAGAAAAGGGCACCUGAAUGCAUUGAACUCAAAAAGGAGAUCGAAGAAGACCCCAUCCCCUUGCCUGAUCAUUAAUGCGAUAUAUAUAUAUAUAUAUAUAUAAUGGAGCUUAAUUAA